CCUUCUACUUCUACUUAAGCUAGGGAGCCUGCUGCACUGCACCCACAUCGAUCGGCACAUCAUCUCUCGCUCUACACUACACUAGCGUGGACAGUGUGUGUACUACAGCAGGCUGUGUACUAGCGAGUUAAGGCCGGCCAGCCAGCCGGCCGCCGCCACUGAUCGAUCAAUAAGCGGCCGCGAUAGAUGGCGAAGGUCGCCGCGGAGGCUGCGGGGCGCCAGGCGGCGUCCUUCGUGCUCGGCUGCGUCGCCGCGCUCACCCUCGUGCUGCUCCUGCAGCGCCGCCCCGAGGAACUCACCCGCCCCAGGGCGCCGGUGCAAUUCUUCGGGUCCAGAUCGUUGUCGUCACCAUCAGGCCGCGGCGGGGGCGGGACUUCUCCGUCUUCCCCGCCGUCGGCACCCGCAGGUCCGGCGGCGAUCGUUGCCGCAGCUGAUGGUCAGCUGCAGACAGCCGUUCCCGUGCAGGCGAACGCCACAAAGCUGAUGAAGCCUGCAGCAGCUGGCGCUACCACCACUGCUGCUACCGCCGAUGAUCUAGGCCGCGUUCCGGCCACUCCCGCACAUCGCCAACAAGAGGGCGAGGCCGACGACGCGGAGUUCCCCGGCCUUGCCGCGGUGGUGGCGCGCGCGGCGACGCCGGACGACCGGACGGUGAUCAUCACGUGCGUGAACCACGCGUGGGCGGCGCCGGGGUCGCUGCUGGACCUCUUCCUGGAGAGCUUCCGCGUCGGCGACGGCAUCGCGGACCUGCUGGACCACGUCCUCAUCGUGGCCAUGGACCCGAUGGCCAUGGCGCGCUGCCGCGCCCUGCACCCGCACUGCUACCUCUACACCAUGCCCGGCAUCGACUUCGCCUCCGCCAAGUUCUUCCUCUCCAAGGAGUACCUCGAGCUCGUCUGGAGCAAGCUCAAGCUCCAGCGCCGGGUGCUCCAGCUCGGAUACAACUUCCUCUUCACCGACGUUGACAUCCUGUGGUUCCGGAACCCGUUCAAGCACGUGACGGCGUACGCGGACAUGAGCAUCUCCAGCGACGUCUUCUUCGGCGACCCCGACAACAUGGACAACUUCCCCAACACGGGCUUCUUCCACGUGAGGCCCAACAAGCGGACGAUCGCCAUGACCAGGGCGUGGCACGAGGCGAGGGAGAGGUACCCGGGCAGGAACGAGCAGCCGGUGUUCAACGCCAUCAAGAAGGGGCUCGUCAGGGACCUCCGGCUGCGGUUGCAGUACAUGGACCCGGCCUUCAUGGGAGGCUUCUGCAGCUACGGCAAGGACCUCCGCAGGAUCUGCACCAUGCACGCCAACUGCUGCGUCGGGCUGGGAAACAAGCUCAGGGACCUCAGGACCCUGCUCGCCGACUGGAGGAACUACACGGCGAUGCCGCACUGGGCAAAGCAACACGCCAAGUGGACAGUCCCGGGAGCCUGCAUCCACUGAUGGCCACCGAAUCACUGAUUGAUCGAGCAUCCAUCCAUGGUGGACUCGUCAGUUGCAUUUGAAUACACGGCGGAUUCUGGAUUGAUGGAUUAUUUGUUUUUCUUUCGGAUAGAUUUGUUGGAUACCAGAAUAGUUGCCCUUUACUCCUACUUUGUGUAAUAAUAGCCAGCAAAAUACCUGUACACUUAAGUACUUUGUGAAGCAUACUACUAUACUAGUACUGUAGUGUCUUGGAUAGUAUGUACCAGACAUUCAGACAAGGUGACAAAGUCGGGUUUGUUGGAUACCAGUCCUCUACUGUAUACCAGAAAAGUAUCUGUAAACUUACUACUUUGUGAA